CCCGUGCCCACUGCUGCAACAUCUCUCCUUUUGUUAGUCGUCUCCAAGAAAAGUAUUGUACCCACCCCACUCUACCCCCUCUUCCUUAGAGCGUUUCAUACAUUUUGUAGUUCUAGUCCUGCAUUCAUGGCUUCCUCCUCUUCGUCUUCUCAGGCAAGAUCGAUUGUAUCUGCUAAAUUAUAUGAUGUUUUCAUCAGCCACCGAGGCCCUGACGUCAAAGAAACACUUGCCAAACAACUGUAUGAGCUUCUUCAGGAAAGAGGGUGCCGUGCAUUUCUAGACCGUGAAGAGAUAGAAGGGGGAGAUUCUAUUCCCGAUGUCAUUGAAAAUGCCAUACGCUCAUCUGUUGUGCAAAUAGCCGUUUUUUCUAAAGGAUAUGCACAUUCCUCAUGGUGUUUAGAGGAGCUUGUUCUUAUGUUAGACCAACAACCUGACGCACUCUUUAUUCCUGUCUUCUACGAUGUCGAGCCGUGGGAGCUACGCCACAUCCAGAACAACAAGAAGUCACAGUAUGCUGCAGCGUUUCGUGAUUACGAAAGGAAAGGCAGGUAUCUUGAUAAGCUGGAAAAAUGGAAAGACGCGCUCAAAGCUGCUUCAUAUAUAUCUGGUUAUGAACAAAGCGAGCAUAAAUACAAUUUGUGUAAAAAGAUUGUGUCCCGUGUGCGGCAAGAAAUGGAGAAAAGGAUACCUUUAGAUGUUGCAAAAUAUCCUGUUGGACUUGCUGAGCAAGUCCAAGAUUUUGAAGUUUCUUUUUCGGAGACAGUGAGAGACAAGGUUACAAUAGCAGGGAUCUUUGGUCUAGGGGGGUCUGGCAAGACCACCCUCGCCAAAGAAUUGUUUAACAGGAAGCGUUCAAAUUACCAUGAAUCAUGCUUUCUCUCUGACGUGAGAGAUCGUGACUUGAGUUCCUUGCAAAGUCAGCUCUGUAAAGAUCUCAACUUUGAUGGAGAUCGAAAGUUUAACAGUACUGAUGAAGGAAUAGGAUACCUGAAGCAUUGUCUGAGAAGGGCAAGGGAUUUGCGCUUUCUUAUUGUCCUCGAUGAUAUCGAUCAUCGGGACCAGUUAGAUACCCUCUUACUUGCAGCUAUGCUAAGCUCUGGUAGCCUAGUAAUUAUUACGACCCGUAACCAAAACUUGUUAGCGGAUGCAGAUAUCUGUCAUAGGAUGAAGGAAAUGAAUUUUGAUCAUGCUAGAACCCUCUUCUGUAGCCACGCUUUCCGCAGAUCGGAUCCACCUACUUCAUAUGAGAAAUUGGUUUUGCAUCCACCUACUUCAUAUGAGAAAUUGGUUAAAAGGUUUGUGGAAUUCUGCGGAGGUUUACCCCUCGCACUCAAAGUUUUAGGCAGCCAUGUUUACGGUAAAGGUACGCUUUUUUGGGAGUUGGAGUUGGAAAAAGUUAAGAAAAUCCAACCUAAUGAUAUAAUGCAAAGACUUAGAAUCAGCUUUGAUAGUCUGGACAGAGAGGAGAAACAGAUAUUUAUAGAUAUAGCCUGUUUAUUUAAUAAGAAAAAAGGAGUAGAUGAUUUGAAAAGUAAAGCUAUAAUAAUCUGGAAAGCAUCCGGUUGGAGCAACGCUGAGCAUGCACUUCAAAUCCUACAAGAUAGGUGCCUACUUGAAUCGGUUGAGGACGGAUGUUUUGAGAUGCACGAUCACCUCCGGGAUUUAGGAAGACAAAUAGCAGCAGACGAGUUGAGCCCUCGCCUGUGGCAACCAGAACUCCUGAGAUCUAUGGAAGCAAAAGGAUUUCAACAAAUCCUAGAAGAAAAAAAGGGCGGCAGGUGCUUCCAUUCAUUGUGGGAUUCGUCCCUUGAAAUGAGCAUUACUUUUUUUAUAGCUGAGGCUGAUCUCCUGUGGCUUGAACUGAAAGCGCAUGGUCAAUCAUCUAUGAACAUUCCAUCCUGGAUUCCUCUACGGAAAUUGCACCUUUUAUAUAUUGCUUCUGUGGAAGGAUUGUGGAGCACAUUUCAGCAACAGUUGCAGACCUAUAACCAGGCCACUUUCCAAUUGAGAAGGUUAUCCAUUCGGAACUGUUUUUAUUUGGAAGAGCUUCCAGAUUUAAUAGAAAUGUUCACUCACUUGGAAGAAUUGGAUAUAGCUUAUCCAGAAUAUAGCACAGAUAUAACAUCCUUGGUCCAAUCACUUGGACGACUUAGUGAGCUUAGAUCAUUGAGCUUGCACUUUGGAGACCUUGACGUCAGCGAGAACCGUGACUUCUGUGAGAAGCUGGAUCUGAGCAAAGGUAAUGUGGAUUUUUCUACAAGCAGCAGCAUGGAUAGCCUUGAAACCAUAUACCUUAAUGGACUUGGUAAUACAUCCAAGUUGGUAAUCAGUGGAGACAUGUGUCCCAGACUUCGAUCGCUUAGAGUUUCCCACCCGACAAAUCUAAAAGAAAUGGAAUUAAAGCAUCUAGAGAGACUGAAUACACUGAGUGUGGAGAGCUGUGAUAAUUUAGAAACAAUAUUAGAUUUAUCCACUGUAUCAGGGCUUCAGUUUCUUGAAUUGAUUCGUUGUUACAAAUUGGAAACAAUAUCAGAUUUAUCUACGCUAACAGAGCUUCAAGUGUUAAAAGUAAAGAACUGUUGUGCGUUGAAAUCCUUGCCGACCCUUGCACAGCUAGAGAGACUGAAUACUCUUCAACUGUCUUUUUGUUCCAAUUUGAAAUCGUUGCCGACCCUUGCGCAUCUGCCUCGUCUGGAGACAAUCCAGCUCACAGGAUGUCCUCAGCUGCAGAGUGUCGAAGGGGUGGAAGAGUUGCCAGGAUUGAAAAGUCUGCUAAUUCAAAUGCCCGAGGAUGGAUAUUUUGCAUCGGUACGAAAUUGCAUAUGUGGACUGAGGAGGCAGUCGGUAAAGAAAAUCAUUUUGGCACAGAAGUCAAUGGAUACAGCAUCGUCCGAAUUGAAUGCAAAUUUCUUUUCUAAGGUGAUCGGCGCCCAAGCAGUAACUGAGAUAGAGAGAGGAGAGAAUACACUGAAGAUGGAAAGCUCAUCGAGUGCAAUCACUAUAUAUGCUUUGCUUGUAAAAUCUUUUUGUACUAUAACAUUUGAACCUGAAGACGAGUUUUUGACAUACGGUGAAGGUGAAGCGGAUAUGCUAGUUACAGUUGUACUCACCCAGCAUCAUAGUGAAGGUAGACUAAAAUGUUUCACAAUAAGGAAGGGGUUUAAGGCCACAGUGAAAGUUGGGGAAGAAGGGAAAGCCUUAACUGUCUUUGAUAGAUUAUACAGACCAAGAACAAACUUGGCAGCAUAUGCUGCGGUAAAGCGAAAACGAAGGCAAAAGUAUUGAAAAGUGUGAUCAAUUUGUUUUGACUA